UCUCCAUUCAGGAAGUCAGACUUGGAAGGAGAGUAAGAGCAAAGGGACACAAAUCUCCAACAACAACAACAACAACAACAACAGUAAUAACAAUAAUAAUGUCUCUGGCGGUCUUGACGUCUGUGAGCAGACUGAGGUCACUCUACAGGCUUAAACAGAUCCAGGCUCACAUGAUGUCCAGUCAUGUGGAAGCGGAGGUUCUCCUGGAGAAGGUGGGCAGAGCUGGAGUGAUCACCAUGAACAGACCCAAAGUCCUGAACGCUCUCAACCUGAAUAUGAUCCGGCAGAUUUACCCCCAGCUCAAGAAAUGGGAAAGUGACAGCGAGACGGACUUUGUGAUGAUCAAAGGAACAGGAGGGAAAGCUUUCUGUGCCGGAGGAGAUGUCCGAGCCAUCGCUGAAGACGGGAAGGUUGGAGGCCCUUUACCUGUCGUCCUCUUCAAAGAGGAAUACAUCCUGAACAACGCUAUAGGGACUUACAAGAAGCCGUACGUCGCGAUUAUUGAUGGAAUAACGAUGGGAGGGGGCGUUGGCCUCUCGGUUCAUGGACGGUUUCGCGUUGCCACUGAGAAGACACUCUUUGCUAUGCCGGAGACGGCCAUUGGCCUUUUCCCGGACGUUGGAGGAGGUUACUUCCUGCCCCGGCUCCGGGGGAAGCUGGGGCUGUUCCUCGCCUUGACGGGCUUCAGGCUGAAAGGCCGCGACGUGCAGAGAGCCGGAGUGGCCACUCACUUCGUGGAGUCGCAGAAGAUCCCAGAACUGGAGAAGCAGCUGAUGGGCAUGAAGUCUGCAUCCACUGAAGACCUGUCCAGACUCCUGGAUUCUUUCCAGAGCCAGAGUACCCUGGACUCUGAAAAGCCUUUUGUCUUGGAAAACCACAUUUCAGAUAUUGACAGGCUGUUCAGCUCCAGCAGUGUGGAGGGCAUCAUCCAGAACCUGAAGGCUGACGGAUCAGACUUUGCUAAGAAACAAGCUGAGACGCUGGCCAGAAUGUCUCCCACGUCCCUGAAGAUCACCUUCAAGCAGAUACAGCUCGGUGCAACUCUGAGUCUGCAGGACGUCUUUGUGAUGGAGUACCGGCUGAGCCAGGCCUGCAUGAGAGGCUCUGAUUUCUAUGAGGGCAUCCGAGCAGUGCUUGUAGACAAAGACCACAGCCCCAAGUGGAACCCGUCGACGCUGGAGGAGGUGUCCGACCAGAGCGUGGACCAGUGUUUCGACCCGCUGGGGGAGAAAGAUCUCAAGUUCUGAUGUCCCAUCAGCCAACGGCUACUCCAAACACACACCUCGAAGCCUUCUCUGCUGCCUCCUGCUAACUACAUCCUGUUUGUGGUCCGUCGUUUGUGAAGACUGCACCACCGCGGAGAGGAGAAAGUCUGUUAUCUGAGAACAAACGCACACAUACGUUGACCAUAUGUCCACAAUGGCCUAAUUAAUUCCGCAUCGUGCUGUAUAGUUUUACUGUCGGAUAUCCUGUGAAUACGGUUUAUAGAGCAGACCGAUCGUCUGCAGAUAGAAAAAAAGUCUGAUUCACUGCCAGAAAUCACAAAUAGUAACAGAAGAAGGAGCGAUGUUUGACUCUGUCUGCGUAUAACUCGCACAUGAACGUGACCUCAGUGCUGCUUCUGAGCGUUUCCUGUGGGUGUUUGUAGCUGUGAUACAGAUCUACAUCAUGUGGAUCUACAGCACACGGUCACUGCUCCUCGACCAGCUGAUAAAGGUCCACCGAACGUGUUCUGACCUGCAGUGACAUUGCCAAGCGACACUCCCAGGACCGGCAGCAGAUUGUAGUAAAUCAGCAUCUGUUCAAAGUUGUAUUUGCAUGAUUAGAUUUUAUAAAAGUCGUCUGAUUUUACAGUC